AUGGAAUGCAACAAGGAUGAAGCUAUAAAGGCAAUGGAUCUUGCCAAGAAGAAAGUUGCGGAAAAUGAUUUCAACGCGGCGAAGAAAUUCGCUGAAAAGGCUCAGACUUUAUACCCGAAGAUCGAUGGUCUGAAACAAGUGUUGAUGCUGAUCGAUGUUUACAUCUCGGCAGGAAACAAAAUCAGCGGAGGAGAAUCUGACUGGUAUGCAAUUCUCGGCGUUGAUCCAUUGGCUGAUGAAGAUGCAGUGAAGAAACAGUACAAGAAGUUGGCUCUCUUGCUUCAUCCUGAUAAGAACAAGUGUGAAGGCGCAGAAGGUGCGUUUAAGCUGGUGUUAGAAGCUUGGUCUCUCUUGUCUGAUAAGGUUAAGAGAAUUGCUUUUGAUCAAAAGAGGAAGUCCAAAGAAGUCAAACCCAAAAAGAGCCGGAAGCAGAAACCACCUGCAAAGCAUCCGAAACCACCACCACAAAACCAGCAGAGACAACCACAAAACCAGCCGAAACCACCACCAAAGCAGCAGAAACAACCACCAACCCAGAAGCAACAACCACCAAAUCAGCCAAAACAAGCACCAAACCAGCAGAAGCAACCACCAAACCAGCCAAAACCACCACCGGACCAGCAGAAGGAACAACCACCAAACCAGCCAAGUUCUAAUGGAUCUAGAAAUGGUAGAGGUAGAAGCAGUAAGCCCACUGCGAAAGUCAGUACCUUUUGGACGAUGUGUAACAAAUGCAGGACAGAAGAUGAGUAUGUGAGGGUUUUUUUCCUAAACAAGAACGUGCUUUGUCGAAACUGCCGUGGGACUUUUAAGGCAACCGAGAAAGAGAAAACAACGACGGGGGAAGAGAAAGCACCGCAAGCAACAGACGAGAACACAAAUGUUGCUUCUUCCCGUGGGAGAGAUUCUUCACAAACUGUUAGUGUUGGUUGUAGUUUUAACAGUGGAAAUGUGGCAAAGCAAGGAGGAGAAGAUAGAGUGAAAAGAGAGGGUAAGGAGUCACAAGAGAAGGAUGAAGAAUCUGUUAGAGGUAUUUCAAACUCUGAUGGCAAAGUAGGAGAGAGGGUUUUCAAGAAGCUGAAGACAGAUGAUUUUGCAGAGGCAAGUAGUGGAAUUGAGGUGUGA